AUGGCAUACCAGUCUCUCUUCUCAGCUACGCGCCCCAUGCGUGCCCUACACAUCCCACGCACAUUUACCAUCCGCCGUACCCUCACCAGCACACCUCGCUUCAUGAUCAAGGAAGAUGCAGAUCGCUCUCCCGAACAAGUCGAACAAGCGAAGCAGGACCAACUGAGAGAACAACAACAAGGCAAAGGAAGAUGGCGAGAGGACCUAGCCAGCUCGGGAGAAAGCAACAUCGCCGCCGAUAAGGACGAGGUGCAUGACCAUGAUAGCCAUGUGAAGGAUUUGCAGAAAGAGACGGCAGCUAGGGGCGAGAAGGGGCAAAUAUGA